AUGAAAGGCGGUGAUAUGGAAACUUCACGAAACAGUGAAGGUAUUCAUGCUGGGUAAGUUGGUCGUUUUGCCAAAAAAUUGCCAGUACUCUGAUACAAGCCGGUAACGCGGUUAGUACAUAUUGGGGGCUCACGAAUGAUGGUUGCUAAUGUUCUUUCUGUUUUCAGAAUUCGAAUAAGUCAGACAAGUGCCUCACCGCGAUAAUAGAGAGGACUGCAAAAUAACUACCUGCUAAAUAAUAUCUUUCAAUGUGCACUUUUAUAAUAGUUUGUGAAUAACCAGAUGUUUGUGGCCUGAGAAGACGAUAGCCGAGACGAACGCAUUAUUAGCUCGGGAGAACUUUGGGCUGGUUAUCAACACGCAGAAGACGGUGGUGAUGCAUCAGCCGCCUCCCAGCUCAGCCACAGCCCCCAACGCGCCGCAAAUCAACGUGAAUGGGCCUCAACUGCAAGUGGUAGAGAACUUCCCGUACCUGGGCAGCACGCUCUCCCGCAACACCAAGAUCGACGACGAAGUCGCCAACAGGAUCUCGAAAGCCAGUCAAGCCUUCGGUCGCCUCCGAAGCACAGUUUGGAAUCGUCAUGGUCUCCAACUGAGCACAAAGCUGAAGAUGUACAAGGCCGUCAUCCUGCCGACGCUACUGUACGGAGCGGAGACCUGGACGGUGUACACGAGGCAGGCACGUCGACUAAACCACUUCCACCUCAGCUGUCUCCGCCGCAUCCUGAGGCUGAACUGGCAGGACCGCAUCCCCGACACCGAAGUGCUGGAAUUCUGAGCAUCUACUCCAUGUUGAGACAAAUGCAGCUGCGCUGGAGCGGCCAUCUGGUGCGCAUGGACGACGAGCGACUACCCAAACGACUCUUCUACGGAGACGUGGCGACGGGUUCUCGUCGUCAAGGAGGCCAAAUUCGCCGUUACAAAGAUACUCUGAAGUCCUCCCUGAAGCGCCUGCACAUCAACCCAACCAACUGGGAAGAGCUCGCCCGCGAUCGUCCGACAUGGAGGAGAACAGUGAAGACGGGCGCUGCUAUCUACGAAGCCAACCGCAUCGCCGCCGCCAAAGUGAAACGCGAAGUCCGCAAAUCACAACUUCGCCCAAUACGCAACGCCGCCGCACAACCUCUCCCUACGUGUCCUCGAUGUCAACGGACAUUUCGGGCACGAAUCGGACUUGUUGGACAUCUUCGAACCAACUGCACCUCUCGAACUGCUCCAGCCAUCGUCCCCGCGCCCGCCUCUUCCUCGUCCUCUCUUCCGCCAACUAACUCUGACACUCCUUCUGCACCACCACUUCCAUCCUCCUCCUUCUCCUCCACUGCCCCAGCGGUGGCCGUUCAGGCUGCCGUCUCACACAUCGCCAACCACGACACAGCAACCGCAACCACCCCCGCCUGCCCUCACUGCGACCGCACCUUCACCUUACACAACGGCCUGGUCGGCCACUUGCGAAUCCAUCGCACAGAGUCUGGCGAACCAGUGCCUGGAGCACCAACCUACACUCACCGCACUCGCCUCCACUGCCCACACUGCCCUCGCACCUUCACGCAUCGCAUGGGUCUAUUCGGCCACAUGCGCAUCCACGAGAGCGGCAUUGAUCGCAAUUCCGAUACAGCCACGACAUCCAACACGCCCAGACCCAUUCUCGCCCCACCGUCACACGCGCCGACCGCCACCACCGCCACCACCAACACCACUGCUUCCUCUACAGCUGACACCGACACCGCCGACCUCUCAUGCCCACAUUGUCCAUGCACCUUCACCUCACGCAUCGGCCUGGUCGGUCACUUGCGAAUCCAUCGCACAGAGACUGGCGAACCAGUGCCUGGAGCACCAACCUACACCCACCGCACUCGCCUCCACUGCCCACACUGCCCUCGCACCUUCACGCAUCGCAUGGGUCUAUUCGGCCACAUGCGCAUCCACAACGACCUGCGGUAG